GCGCGCAGUUUGCUGACUGCCACUACCAUGGAUCAAGGGUCGCUUGAACGUGUUACAUAUCCUAAUGAUAACGUACUAGCAAUCAUUCGUAGAACCUUGUAGUAAGACUGCUGCGCUUCGUCAGUAAGCGCAUUGAGUCUGGUCGGCGCAUCAGAGCAACUGUUGCAAUUUCGGUGACGAUUCAAGGCUAACCAUCGAGCGGCAGAGAAGGAUGACGUCAGCCACGACAGCUCGAAGGGCUAUUGGUGCAGCCUUCAGGGCCGUCAUUCUUGGGGCCCCGGCCUCCGGAAAGGGCACGGUAUCAUCUCGCAUCGUGAAAAGUUUCAACGUCACCCACGUUUCGAGCGGGGAUAUUUUGCGGCGACACAUUAUGCAGAAGACGGAAUUGGGUUUGGAAGUAAGUAAAUACUUAAGCAAAGGCGAUCUCGUACCGGAUGAAACCAUGAUUGUCCUGAUCGGUAAAGAAGUCGAAAGUCUGGAUAAAAAAAAUUGGUUACUGGACGGUUUCCCACGAACGGUGGCCCAAGCAGAACGAUUACAACAACUAUAUCCUGUGAAUAUAGUCAUCAAUCUCGUCGUACCUCAUGAUGUUAUAUUAAAGAGGGUGGAGGGUCGGUGGGUUCACUUACCUAGCGGAAGAGUUUAUAAUAUCGGUUUCAACGAACCAAAAGUGUCGGGAAAAGAUGACGUAACUGGAGAACCGUUGGUACAGAGACCGGACGACAAGCGGGAAGUUGUAGAACGACGGUUAAACGAUUACGCUAAAAAUACUGAACCAGUUAUUGAGUAUUAUAGGAAAACGGGGAUCCUUAGUGAUUUUCAUGGAAGUACUACAGACGAAAUGUGGCCGAGCAUAAAGGACUACGUAGCAAAAUUUACAUCUUGAUGACUUUUUUUUUAUUUAUCUGCCAGAGGUGUUUUAUAUUAAUUUAUUAAUCGUACGAGGUAUUAGAUAGGCGAAUUCAAUUUAUCAAAUUCAUAUUUGCCAUAGCUUUUAUGUUUAUGGUGUCAAUUUUUUUGUAGUAAUUAUCAUCUGUUUGCACUCAACAUAUCAAAAUUUAGGGAAACUAAUUGAGUAUAAAAGUAUAAAACCUAUCCACAAAAAUAUGACAAAUAAUACUUCAGACUUCAAUGCUACACGUCUCAGCUAGCCUGUAAUACUAUGUAAAAAUUUUCACUGUCUCUCAUGUUAUUAUGUACAUUGUAUAGAUUAUGAAAAUUACGCAAUUAAAAGUGCUGGACAAUA